GUCACAACACACACAAAAGUCACACCAGCAGGCCAUCAGUCCAACACACAACACAAUAUAUACAGGCCUCGCAUGCAGCAGCAGACGUACAGAAAAUUGUUGAAUGGAUGUCUUGAUGCCUCAGCGUCGGUCGAUGGCCUGCCUGACAGACGGACCAUUUGCAUGCGUCUGCGUGAUGAUCAAUUGCUCGUGUCUAUCCAUACCAAGAGUCUUCACUCACUCAAGUGCACACACAUACACGUGCAUACAUACCCACAGAGAGAGAGAGAGAGUGUGUGUGUGCACCCCGUCCGCCAUGAUGCACACCCCCAUACGGAAAAACCCUUCCUGGCUGCCUGGCUGUCUGUCUGUCUGUCCUGCUACCCAUUCACCGCUCUCCCUCCCCCCGCGCGCCACACCAUGCCCCCCAGCACAAUCGUCACGGCAGUGCACGCGAUGCACCCGAUGCUCAUGGGAAAGCGACAAAACGGUAAAGCCCGCGAUUACAUUAUGGUGCAUCUACUCGUGUUAGGCGAUACCUCCAAACUAGAUAACCAAUUUCUGUCGUGGUGCCACACCAUUGUCCCCAGCUCAUCCCCCAGUAUUCUCAUCACGGUAGCGUACAUCUUGUCGCGAGGGGCCGACUCGGUCGCGUAGAUACGAACACGGCUCUCCCUCAAUACGAUCACUGCCAUGUGCCCCUCGCCCAGCACCUCACUGCCCAACACCACCAGCCGCUGCUCAUGCCUCUUCUCGUCAUCCAUCCUGUCGAAUACGGCGACCCCCGCCCCCCACUUUGCCGCAUUGCCGGGAGAGGCAGCAAGCAGCGCUUUCACACGCCGGCUGGUAGCAGAGGCAUCACAGUGCGACCACCAAUCUCUGAAGUUGCGGAUGCUUUCGCUGGGUAGCCAGCGAAACAGGACGAUUGCCACCAUGGAUGUGUAGGUGGGGUAGAAUAGGGAGUUGGGGCGUGUCCAGCAGUUCUGCUGUGUGGGCGGGUCGGCGGGAUCGAAUACACGAGAGAAGUGGCGGGCAGAGUCGAGGAGGGUGACGGGAGAGUAGUCGCCGAGGUCACAAAUCUUGUCGCCGUCCAUCAGUCGGUGGCGAAUGCGAGUAGGGAGAGUGACCCCCCAGAAGAGUAUCCUCCACUGCCGGACGGCUUCCCUCUCACUCAUAAAUGCCGCCCGGCUGCCGAAGACACCGAAGUUGCCAUCACUCAGCACCAGUGGCCUCUUGCCUCUCAGAUGAUACAGUAUCUCCAGCACAGGUUUCCAUCUGGCCCACUUGCCGCCCCUGCCGAGCAUAAACAGCCGGCAGUUCAGCUGUUCGACGAGGCAUGCGAUGCAGCAGCCGUGGCUGAGUGCGGCAGGGAGGGGCAGCUGGGGGAUGACGCAAACCAGCAAGCCACCGAGGCCGAGAGAGGGCAGCAGCACACCCAACAGGCGCUGCAGGAUGGGUAGCAUGACGGCUGGCGUGAGUGCGCCAUGGCGGGUCUUGUCGAUGCGGUGAAAGGCGCACAAGCCGGCGUAGCUGGUGAUGAAUUGGGCGAUGGCCGGCAUGACUGCAGCAGGGACGGCUGAGAGGGGAACGCCCUCUCGCCUUCGCUGCCUCCCACGUGUGACCAGCGACACGUAGGCGAAGCAUCCCGGGCGGGACGAGGAUGUGCUAGACGUGGCAGCUCCCAU